CUUGUACUUGAGCAAGGACAAUGCUUCGUGCUCUGUUUCUCUUGCUUGCCACCGCCGCCCCACUGUCCGGCCAUGCGGCCGCCGGCACCGGCAGCGGCGACAAGCCGACCCCGCCGUGCUCGCCCGCCGACCGUGCCGCCCUGCUCGGCUUCAAGGCCGGCAUCACCGUGGACACCACGGGCAUCCUGGCCACGUGGGCCGGCGACGACUGCUGCGGCGGCGGGUGGGAGGGCGUGGCCUGCGCCGCCGCCACCGGGAGGGUCGUGUCGCUGCGCCUGCAGUCGCAGCCGGGUCGAUACAUGAACGGCACCAUCUCCCCCUCCAUCGGCGGCCUCGAGUUCCUGGAGUCCCUGGUGGUCCGCGACAUGGGGCGGAUCGGAGGCGUCAUCCCGGACGCGCUCUCGCGGCUGGUGCGCCUCCAGCAGCUCUACCUCGAGGGCAACGCGCUGGCCGGCGGCGUCCCCGGGAAGGUGCUGUCCAGGAUGACCUCCCUCCGCUACCUCUCGCUCGCCGGCAACCGGCUGGAGGGCCGGCUGCCGCGGGAGCACGGGGAUGUUCGCGGUCUCCAGCAGAUCAACCUCGCCGGGAACCGCCUCACCGGCGGGAUCCCGUCGAGCUACGGGAGCCUGUCCAGCCUGGAGUACCUCGACAUGAGCAGCAACCUUUUGUCAGGCGUCGUCCCGGAAUUUCUUGGGCGGUUCAAGAACCUGGCGCUGCUGGACUUGAGCAACAACAGCUUCUCCGGCGAGAUGCCGGCGUCGCUCGGCGGCCUGCGGCACCUCGCCGACCUGUCGCUGAGCCACAACAAGAUCGCCGGCAGGAUUCCACCGCAGAUCGGCAGCCUCCGGUCUCUGAGUUCUCUCGCCCUCGACGACAACCUGCUCGUAGGCCCCAUUCCGAAGUCACUGUUCGGCCUGCCGAAGCUGUGGCGCCUCGACCUGUCCAAGAACAAGCUCACCAGCGCGCUGCCUGACUUCGCCGGCGGCGGGAGCCUGAAGUGGCUCGACGUGUCGAGGAACGCCAUCGGUGGCCAGAUACCGAGCUCGAUCUCGAAGCUCGGGGACCUAGAGAGGCUGGACAUCUCCCGGAACAGAGUCGGGGGCGUCAUCCCGGCAACCAUGGCGGCCAUGGCGAGCUUGGAGUGGCUGGACCUCUCCAGCAACGCCAUCGUCGGGAGGAUACCGGACAACUUCACUGGAAUGACGGGCGUCCGGCACGCGAGCUUCAGAGGGAACAAGCUGUGCGGGCGGAUACCGCAGGCCCCGCCGUUCAACCGGUUCCCCGCGGCGGCGUACGCGCACAACCUGUGCCUGUGCGGCAAGCCGCUGCCGCCGUGCAGGAAGAUUAGUUAGUUUAGUGUCGUGCAGUGCUUGGUGUGUCAAAAUUGCACCGCACACGAUCCAAUAAGAGAAUGAAAAUGUGGUGCAAUACUUAUCAUACAUGUCUUAGUUUUUUUUUUCCUUGUUGCUGCAUUAUAUAUUUGUGGGAGUUUAGAUGUGACAUACUUAAAAAACAUCUAAAUGUGAAUUAGACAAACUGAUCAUACAUAGUUAACAUUUUUUUGGCAUUUUUAAUCAUAAUUAUCAUCAUUGUUGGUUUUGAGAUAGCUAACCGGACUUGCCAUCUGGUUUUAUCGUUGCUCAACCUUACAAGUCCAUUUUUCCCGUGUAAAAUGGAACUUGGGCAUAGGAAUGAGUGUUAAAUUCAAUUCUACCCUUCAUGUAUUUGAUGAAAUAUUUUCUCCUUUUCCUCCCAAAUACAAUGGAUGCCAGAGUUAUAGAUUAUAUCCAACCAUAGAAGUAACAUGUGAAUGUAGUACUAGUAUAGCAACAGAAUCUACGUUUUAUUGAAAUUGGCCCCAAAUCCAACAACCCUUUAAUGAAAAUGGAGUUCCAUGACAUGAAGUAGAAAAUGGUGAACCUUCAACGGAAACG